UUGUUUCGGUGUUUGCAAUCAAACUAGGUAGGGUAGAGCUUCUUCUCUCCUGGUUCCCUUCUCGCAGGAAGCAGACGGCAACGAUGGGAACGGUAGUGGAAAAGACUGCAGAAGAGCUUCGAAAAGAGAUCGAAGAGCUUCACCGUCAGCAGUGGGAGAUCACAGAACGGCUUCGGGAUCCGAGGGGUCUCCGCCGAGGAGGCUUAGCUGCCAACGGUCCAAGAAACUUCGCCAAUGGUGGUCGUCAGCGAGGGUUUGUCAGACCAGCCGAUAGGGCUGAUUCUGACGAUCAACCUCCUGCCAAACGACGCCUUUCUUCAGCUGUUGUUAAGGUAGAGGAUGGAGAGGUUACUGAGGAUGCUGAGGGAGCGAAAGAUGCGAAAGAGACUGCGGAUGACACCGCUGCUACUGAGAAUGAGAGUGAUCGGGGGUCGUUGAAUCCAGAGCUUCAGCGUGGCGGGUUUAGGAGAGAUGGCAACAGGCCGGCAGCUAAGGAUUUCGAAAUUCCAACAGAGCAGGUUCCUAGGGUUUUGCCAAAAAAUGAGGAUCCGAGUUUGGUCAACAGAAACAAGAGAAUGCUGGGGCAGCUCCUGGGGACAUUAGAGAAAUUCCGGAAAGAAGACAAACAUCUCUCAGCAACUGAGGCCUACAUGCGGAGGUCAAACUCUUUACAGAGAGCUGAGCAAAGGGCACGUGAAGAAAGUGAAAGGCUGCGGCAGCAGGAACGUGAGCAAAUUGCAGAAAAGAGGAGAAGAGAUCUGACUCUCCGAGCACGUGUUGCAGCCAAGGCAGAAGAAAAGAAGUUGGAGCUGCUAUUUCUUCGGUGGAGUGAGCACCAUGAAAAGCUUUGCAAUUUUCUAAGGACUAAAGCGGAGCCGCCAAUAUAUUACAUGCAUGCGAAACCAUUGGAGGAAGAUGCAGCUCUGGUUGAGGAGCGUAAAGAAAAGGCUUUUCUGGAAUGGAAAGCUGCUAGAAGGGAGGAGCUAUCAGCCUAUCAGAAGCAGAUUGCAGAACAAUACGUUGCGAAUGUGGAAACAGAACUGGAGAGAUGGCAGAACGGAAGGAAUGCAAGAAAAGCAAACAACAAUUUGAACCAGGAGACAAUGGACAAAGAACUUGAAACCCACAGGCUUGAGCAUGGACCUAAGACACGGAAGAUCCCUGAUAGUGACAACAAUAUUGAUGAGGAUGAUGUGGAAGAUAUCAAUGUGGGAGAAGAUGAUAUGAUGGAUGAUGUCCUUGGGGUCGAUGAUAAUAGCAGGAGAGUUGAUGAAAUAGUGAAGCCUGAAGAAGUUAAUGCCAGUUUAAACGAGGACAAUGUAGAAAAGUAGUAGUAGUAGUGAAAGCAUUCGAUCCUAGUGUUUUAGUGAGCUCAAAUUAGUGUAGCAACUCCAACAAUUAACCAUUUUGGGUUGGUAUUUAUUAUUUGUUUUCUAAUGUUAUAUUUCAUGGAUUUUGUU